AUGCUACAAAUCUAACAGUUUUCGUACUAAAGAAAUCCAAGGGGUUCUGUCACAAUGUGGCUACCUAAAACUACUUCCAUGAUCUUGGUGUUCUUCCUUAGCAUCCUCUUGUCAGGAUCCAAUGCCAUCCCACACCCAAAAAGACACUCACAUCAUCUUAUCAAAGACUUCAUGUCUGUUCAAAACCGAGCGCGGGCCGCAAUUCACAUGCAGCCACUAGUGUGGGACAAGAGACUAGCACGUUAUGCAAGCAUGUAUGCUAGGCAGAGACGGCAAGAUUGCUUGUUGAAGCAUUCCGACGGGCCCUAUGGAGAGAACAUUUUUUGGGGGAGUGGUACUAGGUGGAACCCCUCUCAAGCUGCUGCCACAUGGGUGUCAGAGGGGCGUUGGUACAACCACCAAUCGAAUUCUUGCAACCGAGGGAGGGAAUGUGGGCAUUACACGCAAAUUGUGUGGAAGACGAGUAGACGGAUUGGGUGUGCUAGAGUGACUUGCUUUGGAGGUAGGGGUGUGUUCAUGAUUUGUAACUAUGAUCCUCCUGGAAACUAUAUAGGUGAGAAGCCUUAUUGAGCAUUAGUGUCUAAUUGUUGAGUUGUGAAGAGUGUGUGAUUCUUUUAACAAUGUAUAAAUUAGUGUAAUAAUACUGGGAAUAAUAUCAAAUUCCAGUUAACUUCUUAAUUACUAAUUAAACAUAUGUGAACACACAAACACAUGUAUCAACUAGUCUGCAUUCUCAAUUCUCAAUACUAUUGGAUCAAUGUUAUCAUCAAUGGGUAUUUUCUUUC